AUGGCAAUAGACGCCACUAUGUCUCAUCAAUCAAUUGCGGAGUACCAGGAUGGAGACGAUUUUGCAGACGACCUGGACCAACUGGAGAUCAAAGUAAACCACCUCUCAAAGGGCCUCGUGCAAAUCAUCAACAACCGCGCACAAUUCAUCCACCAAUCUGUCUCAGACUACCUCCUCCAGUGCGGACUACAGAACUUACAGAAGAAAACGAUGGACGAUGCAUCAUGCUCAGAGCAGAAGGCUAGAGGGCUUGCACAUUUCGAGAUAUCGCGUUCCUGCAUACGAUAUCUCACAUUGCGCGAGGUUCUGCAUUACAGGUUUCCAGAAUCCCCGCGGAAACAGGAUAGAGACCAGGGCUUCCACGCCGAGCGGGUGUUGGAUGAGGCCUUCCCUCUUGCGCGCUAUGCGAUAUUCUCCAUUCCAUGGCACAUUGCCCAAGUUGAGGCAGAGGGGAUCUCGCAGCAGGAUCUCCUCGGCCUCUUCCAAUGGCCGUCAGACGAGGCCAUAGUCGGGAAAUGGGCUGACCUUGCUGACGUGGUCGAUUUCCUCAAUAACGAAUGGCGUUUCGAUUGGCCAGUUGAGGGCUCUCGGCUCAUUCACCUGUUGUGCGAGCUGGGAAUCAGCAGCGCAUUCAACCAUAUUCUCAACUCCCCAGAAGUCGAAGCAGACGGAAGAUUACUCGAUCCCGAAGACGCUCAUCACCGGACUCCGCUUUAUUACGCGCUGAUCAAAAACCACGAUCAAAUCGUUCAACAACUCUUGAACAACGAGGAUGUUGAGAUAGAGCUCUUAGGCCCGUCCUCGUCAUCGAUAACAUCGCUCCAUAUAGCUGUAGAGAGACGGGAUAUACCGCUGAUUCAGCAACUGCUCGAAUUAGGCGUUGAUGUGGACAUCAGCGACGAAGACGGGAAGACCCCGAUGGCAUUUGCUCUCGAACGCGAGGAUAUAGAGAUUGCGAAGAUGUUGUUCGCUGCCGGCGCUGGUCGAAACGAAUCCUAUGGCCCACAGGGAACAAUCGUCCAUUAUGCGAUUAGGAAGGAGAAUAUAGGACUCCUGCGACAUGUUCUUGCAGGUGGUGUUAUGGUAAACUCAACCGACGCGCACGGCAGGACUCCGCUGUUCCAUGCAGUGGUCUCGAGUCCGAAUGGCCGGGCCAUGGUUCAAGAACUACUCGCAGCAGGGGCCGACCCGCAGAUUGCCGACAACAAGGGGGAAACACCGUUGCACUACGCCGUUGACACUGAUGACGAAGGCCUACUUUCAUCCCUAAUUGUAUCAGGGGACACGACUCUUCGAAGCCGGAUGUUUGGAGAAAGCCCGCUGCUACGGGCGGCCAAAUUAGGGAACCUGCGCUUGGUACGCCUGCUGCUUUCAAACCGAUUUGCCCCCGACAUCCGGGACGCGUUGGGCAGGAAAGCCCUGAAGCAAGCAGCGGACCGUGGACACAGAGCCGCCGUGCUAUCUAUCCUUCGUUCCAACCACAUCGACCCCAACGACGCCUUCGCGAUGGCCAUUUCCAUACACUACUUCGAUUUCGCUCGAGAUCUGCUGGCAUCUAGCGCCCUCGAUCUGAAUCCGGACGACCCGCGCGAGGUGCCGCUGCACGCGGCAGCCAUAUCCGGUGAAGUCGACUUGGUCCGCAUGCUUUUGCAGGACCCGCGGACCAAUCCGAACCGAAGGCAUCAUCACGACGGUAAAACUGCACUGUACAUGGCAGUGGAGAGUAGGAGCUUGGAGGUCGUUACGCUUCUGCUGGACAACGUUCCAGAGGUCAACCCCGACCUGCCGACCUUCGCCGGCCGAACUCCGUUACAGGAAGCGGCUCGCGGAAAGAAGCUGGAGAUGUGCAAACGCUUGCUUUGCACCGGCCGCGUGUCCGCCGCACCGCCGCCCGACCGGUACAAUAUGACGCCGCUUUGUGCUGCGGCCAUAUCUGGGGCGGUGGAUAUUGUGCAGUAUCUGCUGAGCCGCGACGAGAUGCGACAGAAUGCAGAGGAAGUGAGGAGGGCUUUAGGCCACGCGAAGGGAUUCAAGGGAAUCGGGAAUGCUGCGAGGGAGAGGGCUGUUGCGCUUCUAAACAAGGCGUAUUAUGGAAUUGAUAGCUAA